AUGGCAGCUCCCGAGAAUGACGAUCGGCCAGCAGUAUCAGAGAGCACAAAGGCGGUAUCCGAAUACCCAACUACCCCCAUCUCUCAUUCACCCAAGUCGCCUGGUAGCCAGUUUGGGAUUCUAAGUCUUGACCCGUCUGAUUCUUCUCCUGACUAUGAUAUUGUUCACGCAAAACCUACAUCCCAAAACCAAUUGAAGGAGGAUCAAUACCAACUGCCCGCAAUGGCUCCUCCACCGCGUCGCGAUCCCCUCCACAAGGACCACUUUGCGUUCGUGUUUGGAAGUGCCAAGACCCAAAACUACUAUGAUCCUGCUGCCAAGGGACCGGGAUCUCACACCAUCCGAACACUUGCCUGGAACCCCACAGGCCAACUGAUAGCUACCGGCUCAGCAGAUCGCACUCUACGGAUCUGGAACCCCGAGCGCGCUAAUGUCCGCUACUCCACCGAAUUGCGCGGCCACACCGCCGGCAUCGAGAAAGUCCUCUUCAACCCAGUCCGAGACGCGGAGCUAGCCAGUUGCUCGACAGACGGUACAGUGCGCUUUUGGGAUGUACGCUCCAAGACCUGCGUAAGCAAACUCGACGUCGGCGGCGAAGCAUUCACUCUCUCCUGGUCUGCAGAUGGCACGACAAUGAUCGUUGGCACGAAGGAUGACACAUUGAUCCCCAUCUCCGUCGAAUGCCCAUCCACAGUAACCUCCCACCCAGACGGCGCAAACGCCCUAAACCUCCCCCUCCUCCCAACCAGGCACAACAACCUACACAGCCCUCGCUCCACACCCGCAACCCGUCCAAACAAAUGCCACAACCUUCUCCUGGUCAAAAUCCUCUCCUACCCUUCCUUCAACGUCUUGUACACAAUCAACGCCCACACCUCCGCCUGCAACGCCGUCGCCCUCGCGCCUACGGGCCGGUACCUAGCAAUCGGUGCUAGCGACGCUCUGAUCUCCCUCUGGGAUACGACAGACUGGAUCUGCCAGCGCACACUGUCAAGCGAGAAUGGCGGUGCCAUCCGCGGUGUGAGCUGGAGUUUCGAUGGCCGCUAUAUCUGCGGCGCUUGUGAUGAGCUUGGAUGCGGUGGCAAUGGUCUUGAGAUCUUCCAUGCUGAGUCUGGGGAUAGUAUCUACACUAUUCCUACUGCUGGUGCUAAUGCUGGUGUUUCGGCUGUCGCGUGGCAUCCUUCGCGUUACUGGCUGGCUUACUCAACUACUACUGAUGGUCCCGGUAGUUCCAGUUCUGGGGGUUUGAAGAUUGUCGGUGCCGCGGGUGGUGGGCUGUGA